CUAUAUAGAUCAACAGUAUGGAAACAUCCUGAAACUACUUUGGAAUCUCAAUAAAUUCGCUGGAUUCAAGUUUUUCAAAGAGGGAAACCGGUCCAUGGAUAAUUUGCCACAGGUCAGCGAGAGGCAGAAGCUGGGAGCUGGGAGUUUUCUCUGAAUCCCAUGUGAUAUGCUGAGGGAGAGUCUAUGGUGAAACGUCUUCACGCCUCUGAAAGUAAGGAUUCCAUGCCCUUGAGAGGAGUUGGAUGUUUUAGAAACCUUGGUGUAAAGAGACAUCACCUGCAGAAAUCCAGUGCCCUUAGUUAAAUUCUUUGGGUUUUCUCAGGAAGAUGAAAAUCUGCUGAAAUUCUGCUAAGAUUGGCAAACACAUUGCCACUUACAGCCUAGAGACCCCAGUGGAGAGCUAGACGGUUUGAACUCCAGAAGGACCAACACCAGAUAAAUUAUGAAUGUUGAACAAGAUGACCUUACAUCCACAGCAGAUAAUGAUAGGUCCUAGGUUUAACAGGGCCCUAUUUGACCCCCUGCUUGUGGUGCUGCUGGCUCUUCAGCUUCUUGUGGUGGCUGGUUUGGUGCGGGCUCAGACCUGCCCUUCUGUGUGUUCCUGCAGCAACCAGUUCAGCAAGGUGAUUUGCGUUCGGAAGAACCUGCGCGAGGUUCCGGAUGGCAUCUCUACCAACACGCGUCUGCUGAACCUGCACGAGAACCAAAUCCAGAUCAUCAAAGUGAAUAGCUUCAAGCACUUGAGGCACCUGGAAAUCCUCCAGUUGAGCAGGAACCAUAUCCGAACCAUUGAGAUCGGGGCCUUCAAUGGUCUGGCGAACCUCAACACUCUGGAACUCUUUGACAAUCGUCUGACCACCAUCCCGAAUGGCGCUUUUGUGUAUUUGUCAAAGCUGAAAGAACUCUGGUUGCGAAACAACCCCAUCGAAAGCAUCCCUUCUUAUGCGUUUAACAGAAUUCCUUCUCUGCGCCGUCUAGACUUGGGGGAGUUGAAAAGACUUUCAUACAUCUCAGAAGGUGCCUUUGAAGGUCUGUCCAACUUGAGGUAUUUGAACCUUGCCAUGUGCAACCUUCGGGAGAUCCCUAACCUCACCCCGCUCGUCAAGCUAGAUGAGCUCGAUCUUUCGGGGAACCAUUUAUCCGCCAUCAGGCCCGGCUCUUUCCAGGGGUUGAUGCACCUUCAGAAACUGUGGAUGAUCCAGUCCCAGAUCCAAGUGAUUGAACGGAAUGCCUUCGAUAACCUUCAGUCGCUGGUCGAGAUCAACCUGGCACACAACAAUCUGACAUUGCUGCCUCACGACCUCUUCACGCCCUUGCAUCACCUCGAGCGGAUCCAUCUGCAUCACAACCCUUGGAACUGUAACUGUGACAUCCUCUGGCUCAGCUGGUGGAUCAAAGACAUGGCCCCCUCGAACACAGCUUGUUGCGCCCGGUGUAACACCCCCCCCAGCCUGAAGGGGAGGUACAUCGGGGAGCUGGACCAGAAUUAUUUCACGUGCUAUGCUCCCGUGAUCGUGGAGCCUCCGGCCGACCUCAAUGUCACUGAGGGCAUGGCCGCUGAGCUGAAGUGCCGGGCCUCCACGUCCCUGACCUCUGUCUCUUGGAUCACUCCCAAUGGGACAGUCAUGACCCACGGGGCCUACAAAGUACGGAUAGCUGUGCUCAGCGACGGGACGUUGAAUUUCACGAAUGUCACCGUACAAGACACAGGCAUGUACACGUGUCUGGUGAGCAACUCUGUGGGGAACACGACCGCUUCGGCCACCCUGAAUGUCACCGCAGCAGCCACAACCCCGUUCUCUUACUUUUCCACGGUCACAGUGGAGACAAUGGAACCUUCUCAGGACGAGGCCCGGACCACGGACACCAACGUGGGCCCCACGCCGGUGAUCGACUGGGAGACCACCAAUGUGACCACCUCCCUCACGCCCCAGAGCACAAGGUCGACCGAGAAGACCUUCACCAUCCCCGUGACUGAUCCGAACAGUGGGAUCCCGGGCAUUGAUGAGGUCAUGAAGACCACCAAGAUCAUCAUCGGCUGUUUUGUGGCCAUCACGCUCAUGGCUGCGGUGAUGCUGGUCAUCUUCUACAAGAUGAGGAAGCAGCACCAUCGACAGAACCAUCACGCCCCCACAAGGACUGUCGAAAUCAUCAACGUGGAUGAUGAGAUCACGGGGGACACACCCAUAGAGAGCCACCUGCCCAUGCCUGCGAUCGAGCAUGAGCACCUGAACCACUAUAACUCUUACAAAUCUCCCUUCAACCACACAACAACAGUUAACACGAUAAACUCAAUACACAGUUCAGUGCAUGAACCGUUAUUGAUCCGAAUGAACUCUAAAGACAAUGUCCAGGAGACUCAAAUCUAAAACCUUUACAGAGUUACAGAAAACAAACGCUCAAAAAAAAAAAAAAGACAGUUUAUUAAAAAUGACACAGAUGACUGGGCUAAAUCUACUGUUUCAAAAAAGUGUCUUUACAAAAAAAAAACAAAAAAGAAAAGAAAUUUAUUUAUUAAAAAUUCUAUUGUGAUCUAAAGCAGACAAAAUGAUGUGUAUUCCUCAAACCUGUUUUUGCUGCACUUAUUUACUAUUUUCCACAUCUCGUCCCUUCCUUCUCUGGUUGCCAUAUUUUCAUAGGAGAUCUUGAUUCCUUAAAGAACUGGUCUAGGAAAUUUUGUAAGAAUUCUGUUACACUUUGAGAUUUUUAUGGUGAAUUCUAGUGGUGAGAUCCAGUCUAUUUUGUCUCUUUCUCUUUCUCUCUUUUUUUUAGAUCUUUUUUCUUUUUCCCUCAUACUCUUAUGAAGUAAUCUAAUGGGGAAUGCAAUAUUAGAAAUAGAUUUUUAAGAGAGAACGAGGAAAAAAAAAAGUAAGAUCCUAUAUUUUUCAUGUAAUGACUUAUUCUGUAUUUAUGAGGAGGGCCAUGCUUUGGAAAAGCAAAAAAGUACACAAACAACCGAUUAAUUUACAUAUGAGCAUCUAUAAAACCCAUGACUUUUAAACAACUCUAGAACCAGAAUUUGUAGUUCAAAAGCUAAAAAUAAGAUUAUAAAUAAAAUAUUGUUGGUUUUUCUGUA